AUGUCCCAGAUGUACUCUACCACAAGAUCUUGGAAAGUUCCAGGCAAAUGCUCAGUCAGUUGCCCGGAUGGAUACACGCGCGAAAAAGUUGCUGGAGGCUUGAAGCAGGUGCAAGAGCUCGAUCCGGGAACGAGCAGCAAACGCAUCAUGCCAUCACGGGCCGCAAAGAUCUGCCCGCUCCCCCAAUUACCACUCUUUCUUCACCAUUCACUCACCCUCCCUACAUCCUCAUUCUCUUGCAUAGAUUGGACCCGGCAUAGCCAAGACGAUAGCCGUCUUGGGGAAGAAAAGAACGCUCGAAAGGAUCGAGGCUGCUCUCCGAUAACCUUGCAAGCUUCCAGGUUCUGA